AAUAAAAAAAAGAAAAAAAAAAGAAGGAAAGAAGUUGCUAUGGCAAUACUAAGCCUAACCCUUUUUCCGGUAUCAGCUACACCGCCGUCUUCUCUCUUCUCCUUCAAUCGUUUUUCUCGUUACCAUCAGUUCGCUUAUUUGUCUUCUUACUCGUCUCAGACUGGCAUAUUGAGAGCAACGAGUAGGAGAUUUGCUUUCGCAAUCAAAUCAAAGUCAGUGGCAACCAUGGCAGCUAAUGAAGAAUUCACGGGAAAUCCAAAACGUCAACUUGAGAAGCUCUUUGAUGUGUCGCUGAAAUUAACUGUUCCUAAUGAACCUGGUGUUGCGCCCUUGGUUGCUGCCUCUCAACCUGGAAAAUUUGGAGAUUACCAAUGUAACAAUGCAAUGGGCCUAUGGUCCAUUAUCAAAGGAAAGGGUACUCAGUUUAAGGGACCUCCAGCUGUUGGACAGGCCCUUAUGAAGAGUCUACCUACUUCUGAGAUGGUGGAAUCAUGCUCUGUAGCUGGACCUGGAUUUAUUAAUGUUGUACUAUCAGCUAAGUGGAUGGCCAAGAGUAUUGAAAAUAUGCUAAUCGAUGGAAUCGACACAUGGGCGCCUACACUUCCGGUUAAGAGAGCUGUAGUUGAUUUUUCCUCUCCCAACAUUGCCAAAGAAAUGCAUGUUGGUCAUCUUAGAUCAACUAUCAUUGGUGAUACGCUAGCUCGCAUGCUCGAGUACUCAAAGGUUGAAGUUCUACGCAGAAACCAUGUUGGUGACUGGGGAACACAGUUUGGCAUGCUAAUUGAGUACCUCUUUGAGAAAUUUCCUGAUACUGAUAGUGUGACAGAGACAGCAAUUGGAGAUCUUCAGGCAUUUUACAAAGAAUCAAAAAGUAAAUUUGAUCUGGAUCCGGUCUUCAAGGAAAAAGCGCAACAGGCUGUGGUCCGUCUACAGGGUGGAGAUCCUAUUUACCGCAAGGCUUGGGCUAAGAUUUGUGAAAUCAGCCGAACCGAGUUUUCCAAGGUUUAUCAACGCCUUCGAGUUGAGCUUGAAGAAAAGGGAGAAAGCUUUUACAACCCCUAUAUCGCUAACGUAAUUGAGGAAUUAAAUAGCAAGGGGUUGGUUGAAGAAAGUGAAGGUGCUCGUGUGAUUUUCCUCGAAGGCUUCAACAUCCCACUCAUAGUUGUUAAGAGUGACGGUGGUUUUAAUUAUGCCUCAACAGAUCUGACUGCUCUUUGGUAUCGGCUUAAUGAAGAGAAAGCUGAGUGGAUCAUAUAUGUUACCGAUGUUGGCCAGCAGCAGCAUUUUAAUAUGUUCUUCAAAGCUGCCAGGAAAGCUGGUUGGCUUCCAGACAGUGAUAAAACUUACCCUAGAGUUGACCAUGUUGGUUUUGGUCUCGUCCUCGGGGAAGAUAACAAGCGAUUUAGAACUCGGUCUUCAGAAGUAGUUCGCCUAGUUGAUUUGCUAGACGAGGCCAAGACUCGCAGUAAAACUGCCCUUAUUGAGCGCGGUAAGGACAAAGAAUGGACUCCCGAGGAGCUGGACCAAACAGCUGAGGCAGUUGGAUAUGGUGCGGUGAAGUAUGCUGACCUGAAGAACAACAGAACGACAAAUUAUAUUUUCAGCUUCGAUCAAAUGCUUAGUGACAAGGGAAAUACAGCCGUUUACCUUCUUUACGCCCAUGCUCGGAUCUCUUCAAUCAUCGCUAAGUCUGGCAAAGACAUAGAUGAGCUGAAAAAGACAGGAAAGCUAGCAUUGGAUCAUGCAGAAGAGCGAGCACUGGGGCUUCACUUGCUUCGAUUUGCGGAGACGGUGGAGGAAGCUUGCUCCAACUUGUUGCCGAGCGUGCUGUGCGAGUACCUCUACGAUUUAUCGGACCGCUACACCACAUUCUACUCUAAUUGUCAGGUCAUUGGUUCUCCAGAGGAGACAAGCCGUCUCUUACUUUGUGAAGCAACAGCUGUUGUCAUGCGAAAAUGCUUCCACCUUCUUGGAAUUACCCCUGUUUACAAGAUUUGAUGCAUCCCAUCAUACUAUUAAACGACCCAAAAGACAAAAAGGGGUUUUAUCUGUUUUGAAAAUUCUUCUGCACAAUUAGUGAAAAAGGCGUUCUUUAGCUCUAAGUUUUCUCGUCUCAUUUAGGUUGGGGAACCUUGUAUACAAUUGAAUACAAUGUUAAACUGAACGCGGAAGGUCGUUUUAUCAUAUCAUUGAACUGAUUUUGGUGAA